CAGACGCCAUUUUAACUCAACAAUUGUAUCCGUGUAGACAGGGCGAAUUAUGUGUGUUUUCUCACAUGAUUAUCACUGGCAGACAGCUUUUUUCCGUGCGACUUGGUGACCCUUUGAAACAUUUAUACCCACUGCACAUAAUAACUGUCAAGCAUAACGAUAAGAGCGAAUUGUCUAAUUUCCACGAUGUCGGCUAACAUAAGCUCUCUGGUUGGAUACGGUGUCUCUUCCGAUUCUGACAGUGAUGGAGAGGCGGACGACGACAACGUUAAAGAAAUGUCAGAGGAUAAAGUUGGGGAUGGGAGUAGAAAGGGGAGAGCGGAGGACAGGAAGUGCAGGAAUUUGUUGCUGGAGUCGGGAUCGGGAUCAAGUGAAUCGGACUCUGAGACCGAACAAGAAGGUCAGGACAACUCGGAGACUCCAGCGGCAGAGCCUGUGCCUUGCGUCGUUGUCAAGACACCCGCCGCGCCCCCUGAUUCCCGUUCCAUCACUCAAAAGCUGCCCCCACCUCCGCUUGGGGCUCCAGGGCUGUCUGCCGGCGGCCUUCCCUCCGGCAGCAGUGUGUUUGCCAACCCUUUCCGAGACAGGGCCGAGGAACACCUGAACGUGCUGCGGAAACACGUCCCCCUGACUCUCGAGCCACGGCCCUCCCAGAUUGGGGGCCGCAAGAUGUGCAUCUCCUACAGGAGGGAUGGGCGUUGCCGCUUUGGAAUCAGCUGUAAAUUCGCCCACGAUAGCGACCUACAGACUUUCAACGGGCAGGGACUCAGCGCAAACAAUGAUGGCUGCAGUGCUAAUCAACUUGGAAACCUGGCCACCUCACACGGAGCCCCGGACUGCCACCAAAAUGUGCCCUUCCUGUCCCAAACCUGUCCGCAUCAGGAUCCUGACCCUAAGGGGGGUCCAGGGAGGAAGAGGAAGGUGGGACUGAGCAACACCCUCAUCCCCCCAAAACGGGCACUGAAACAGUAUGCCUCACAGAGAGAGGGGGAAAAAGUCACUCCCUCCUGAGAAAUAUUGUAUAUUGGAAUAAAAUACAUUAUUAAAUAUAGUGUAUUUUUCUCAGGAACCCACAAGCAUGAAAUCAGUAGAGAGAGAGCCUGAAACAGUGUCUAUCAAGACCACAAAAACAAUGUGAUUCUGAAACAUGUACAGAGGAGAUGACUAAGGCAGAGAGAGGUCAGGUGGCAGGGUAAGUAGGUCCAUAAACAGGAGACCAUGCAUAAUUUAUCCUGCCCAACACAGGGAAAUGUGUUAAAUAGGAGAUUCCAUUCAUUCAUAAUGCAUUUUUGUAUUAAUCUCCUCUGUUACUGUCCUGGGUUUAUAGUGCCGUGUACCCACAUUUGACAUGUUCACAAGUGAAACUGUUGUAUGUUCUCACAGACUUGCUGAUCCUGAAGCCGUGCAACUUUAUUCAAUGUGGCUGGCCCUUAUCAUGUUCAGUUCAGUGGCCUAAAACCCAAGCUUCGAAGAUCUUUACAAUUGGCUAGAUGAUCUUCAGCUUUAAUGGUCUUCAGCGGAGGGAAACCUCAGAACUAAGUUCUUACUUCAGAAAUGUAUGCAUGGGCAAAAACACUUCUUGAGUUAAUGCCUAAUGAGGUUGAUGUUUUACAACUAAAGUGUAUUUCGCAUUGCCUAAGUCUAAAUAUAGAAGAUGAUGCCUUUGGUGGCAUUGGAAGACCCAUCUAGACGGCUCCUGUAUUUCUAAGCCUAGUGAGUCCAGCCACAAGCCUCUGUAUCCACUCAAAUACAAAACAUUUGUCAAUGGGAAUAUUUCGAGUAAUUCUAACUCUCCCAAACCCCCAAGGGUUACUUUUCAGAAGAGACCAGGAUUAUUCCUGUAGUAAGAAGAGUUCAAGAAUGGUAACCUUUUUUGGCAUGUCAUUUUCAAGCUUGUGUUCAGGGGCCAAUACGUAAGGGGUUAAAUGGUGGUUUUGGUGUUUAAUCUGUUGCAUAGAAAGAAGAACAAUGCAUUAUGUUCUUAACAAAUGUUUUGACAAAAAUCAGAGUUUAAGCUCUUGAAUUAGCUUGUUUUCCUGAUGAUGAUUUUUUUAAAUGAUUUAUCUUCCAAUAAAAAAAUGAGUGAAUGCUG